AUGACUAGCUUCUCCAAAACUUCACUCUUAAGUUUUGAACCCUCAGAAACUCAAGGCACUGCUAUUACAUCCGUUUCGAGUGUUGAAUCUUCGAGCUUCGGAGACGGAACUUUCACUAGUAUUCCACCCGUCAACAAUGUAGCUUCUGGCUCAACUACAACGACUGAGCAAAGUAGCUCAUUUGCUUUGGAAUCAACAUCCCAACCUGAAGUUAUUUCUACUUUUGUGUCUUUGUCUUUGUCCGAACCAUCAUCUUUGCCAGAAUUCACAUCUACUUUGGGGCCAUCAUCUUUGCCUCAAAUCACAACUUCUUCCGAGUUGAGUGAAACAUCGUCUCUGCAAACAUCUUCGAGCGAAAUCCUAAUUGGGUCUUCUGCUUUAACUAUUGAAGGUUCCGGCGUCCAGACUGUAGGCUCCUUGACAAGUUCAGAGAAUACUUCCGAAGCACAAGAGACAAUAUCGAGUUUUGAAAGCCAAUCAUUCAUUUCGACUUCUGUGUUGAGAACUUCUAUUACAUUAACUACCAAUAUAUUACCAACUUCGACAGGGCUUUCGAAUACAGAAAAUUCAUCAACUUUUGGAUUCGAGUCCUCAACAGGAAUACCCUCCAAUUUGGAAUCAAGUACAGUGAUCAGCCUACAAUUGUCUUCUUCGACUGAAAGCCUCGAGUCCUUGAUCAUAACUCAGAUCUUAUCCACGAGUACUAUUGUGUCUUCUGAAAGUGGUUUCCAAUCGUUUACAGGGACAUUAACUCCAUCAUCUAGAGCUGCAAGUAGUACAGCUAUUUUCUCUUCCCCGGCAUUGUCAAUCAUCCCUUCGAACAGUGAACAGUUGAGUACACUUGAAGAAUCUAGCGGUGUUUUGUCUACCAGGCUUGUUAUUAGUUUUCCCGAAUCCGUAUCUUCAAGUAUAGAAACAACUGUUGGGAUAACGAGCACUUUCGUAGGAUCACCAAGUCAAUCUUUCGAGGCCUCAAGUGAUAUUGGAUCAAUUACAUUUAUAGAGUCUUUCAUCAGCACUACUAUUGUUAUCGAAUCAAGUAUCGAACCGACUCUCGGGGCUACCAGUAGUUUUAUAGGGUCGCCCAGUCAGUCAUUUGAGAUAUCUAGCAAUAUUGGAUCCACGAUACUUACAGAAACACUGGCUAGCACAUCUCAUUCUAUCGAACAAAGUUCAUUGACUUCUGAAAAUAGUACUGGCAUUCCACCAGUCAACAACGUAGGAUCUGGAACCAUGACGACGACGAUUCAAUCCACAGGUAAUCUCACAACUGAUCUUGGUUCUGUUAUAUCUACGACUGGUUCAAUCGAAUCCAGCUUGACGGAAGGCUCUAGCAGUACUCUCAUUGCAAUUUCGACAUCCACCGGGUUUGGAUUUAUUACUUCAACACAGAUAUCGGAGAUUUUGUUCGACAGCACCAGCCUUGCACUCACAAGCAGUAUUGAAUCUAUUGUCUCCACGAUAGAUUCAAUCGAACCAAGUCUAUCUGAGGCUACUAGUAAUGUCAUAAGUCCUAUCCAGACUUCCACGGGCCUUGAAUUUGGUACCUCAUCACAAGUACCGGAGGGUAUAUCAGACAGUGCCAGUCUCAUCUUCACAAGUAAUGUUGGAUCUUUCAUUUCUACGAUAGCUUCAACAGAACCUAGCUUAUCGGGAGGGAUUAGUAACACUAUAGGACCUAUUGAAUCAUCUACAGGUAUUGAAAUAGUUACCUCGAUGCAAGAGAGCGUCACUUUCGAAUUCACGAGCAGCUUUGGAUCUGUUAUUCCCACGGUAACUCCAAUUGUUACAUCCAUUGAGCCUAGCUUGACUGAAGUCCUCAGUAACUCGGUGAGUACUUUUGGAUCAAGUACGGAUAUCAGUCAAUCAGUACAACUUUCAGAAACCUCCAAUUUGAUACCCACAUUUACAGGCACGUUCGAGGUGUCGGUUUCAGAAUCAGGUCUUGGUAGUACUGCCCAAAUUACCUCCGAAUCCAAUUUGGUCCAAUCAAGCAGCUUACCAGUGGCAACGAGUGAACCUUUAUCCUUGACAACGAGCGUUGUUAAUUCGUUAACUAGCUCAACUGAAAUUGCUAGCACAUCGGAAUUAUUGAGUGGGGAAUCAUCAUUGAUAGUGACUAGUAGUUUGCCAGUCAUCACGAGUGAAUUCACUUUGAUUCCGAUAUCCAGUUCGACUGAAAUCAUCACCAGCUCAGGAUUGCUAAUUGAAGAGCCGUCAUUGACGUCGUCCAGUAGCUCACAAGCCAUCACCAGCGAAGCGAGUCAAUCCAAUCCUGAAAGUCUUUUCUCCAGUACAAUUCAGAUCGUCACUGGUAGUGCCUCUGAGCUAUUUACUUUGGAGCCAUCUUUCUCUUCGGGAGCCGCUAGUAUACCUAGAUCUUCGACAUCAGUCAUCUCAAUAGCGCCUUCUACGACAACCGAAACCAUUGGAUUGGAGUCUUCCGCUACAGAACCUUCACUCAUAUCAUCCAGCGGUUUCGGACAGCUUUCUGAAUCUGUUAAUUCUGCUUCUGCAAGCUUUUCGGGUACCGAACUAACUUUUGGUAAUGGUAUCGGACAAAGUGGUAGUCUUUAUACAUCCACCAUUAGCUCUGGCUUUGCAACUUUGACUGAGACUGCUGUAUUGAGUACAGAAGCUACUUCGACCUUCUUACUUGUGUCUUCCACAGGGAUUGAAACGAGUGAUAGUGGCUCUACAACUUUGACUAGCGCGAUUCUAUCUACCAUAGUUUCUGAACCAAUUGAUAGCACUUCUUUGCCUGUCUUAGAAUCCCAAUCGAUUGAAAUAUCGGUUACUGCUACACAAUCUACGACAAUUGAACCUUCUAGCCUUAGCAGUACACUGGAAACAAGCCCUGUUAUGUCUCCUCCCCAGUCAUCAACAACCGAAAUUGGUGUUAGUACUUCAUCAGUGGUGAACAGUGCUUUAGAAACAUCGACUGGUAAAUCACUGGGAGAGUCAAAUACUUCCGGGUUGCUUGGAAUUUCGACCAGUAUCCUUGAGUCCUCAGCCGUCUCUCUAUCUAUACUAAUGACGACCAUUGAGAUUAUCACAGAUUCUGCUCCUUUACAGUCAGAACCGGCUUCAUCUUUCACAAAUGUAUUGACCCCAAGUGGCUCUUCAGCAGCAUUAACUAGUCUUUUCUCGGAGACUACGAGCAGCAUAUCGAAUGAAGUUACUACAUCUGCAGAAAGUAAUUUGAUAUCAUCUUUUACGUCUCAAGAAACUAGCAGCAAUGUUUUCCAGUCACCAAUUCCAUCUGGUUCGACAACUAAUCCCCUGGAUAUUUCAUCAUUGCCUUCUGCCGCUUUCGAGACUGAGAAUAUCAGUGUUACUCAAUCAACGAUAAUUUUGCUCGUGGAAAGUGAAACACUGCAACCUUCAGAGUCGGUCGCUGCUUCUAGUUUCAUCCAAACUUCCAGGCAGACCACGCCACCCGAGAGCACGUUGCUUCCUUCUAUUAGCAUGGGCAAUUCGGAAACAAGUGGUAUAUUAUCGACACCUAUCACAUCAAUCGCCCUCAGUAGCACGAUUGAGCCCUCGGUAUCCACAUCCGAUGGUGCUCUUAGUGUUAGCUCUGGAUUGGGUGAAUCUCUUGUAGCUUCUUCGACCUUGACCAGUUUGGAUUUUGCUUCAAUUUCGAUACAAACUACGCCUGAACCAAUAUUUGGGAUUUCUACGUCGCUCAGUAGUCUCGAAGAGUCUCUGACGGCUGCCAUUUCUACAAAUUUUGGAGUAUCCAGUACUGAACUUCCAUCUGGUACUCCAACGAAUUUUGGAACACAGCUUUCAUCCAGUGAACUUGGAUCCUCAAUUGUUUUGAUAGCCUCAAGCACAAGUCUCAUCUCCAUACCUUCUGAAGGAGGUAGUAUUGGCUCAUCGGGUAUAGCUAUCGGUGAAAGUACUUCUCUGGCAACUACCGAGGCUUCCUUAUCAAGCGGUUUGGCGGCUACUUCAAAAGGUCUAUUAUCCACUUCAAUUCCGUUGGAAACUUUAACGCUACCUGCGAGUGCCAUUGAUACUUUAUCAAUUACUGAAAUUCCGAGCGCUCUAUCAACGGCAGCAUCAUCAUUCUUGGAAUCUAGUGUAUCAUCAACGCAAAGUUCCGCUUCCUCAAGUCCAUCGGCUUUCUGCGUGGAAGGUACAGGAUCUAGCACCGAGGAUAACUCUGACCUCUGUGAAUUUACUUGCAACUUUGGAUUAUGUGCAGAUCCAUGUACAUGUACUGCAUAUGCGUUCUCAGCGGUCGAACCUCCACCCGAGACCAAUACUCGUGGAUAUGCUCUUAGGAAUUUUGAUGCCGAAACAUACGAUCCACUCUGUGACUUUGCAUGUAGUCAUGGGUAUUGUCCUCCUGAUACUUGUACAACUAACUCGGAUGGCUCUGCUAUAUCUUCUAUUUCCGUUUCACCAACAUCAUUCCCAACUUCCUCGGCGGCAAUCCCAUCAACUUCAAUUGAGAACUCAGAAUCCGAUCCAGCGUCUUCAUUCCAACCUUUAUCGACAGUCACUGGGUCCAGCACUGGAAUUCCACCUGUAAACAACGUUGAAUCUGGUAGCGGGACCUCAAGUAUUUUCGAAGCUCAGUCAACUAGUACCUUGGAAUCUUUUGCAAUAUCGAUAGAUUUUACGACCGAAAUAUUAACCAAUGGAGCAGGUUCUUCAACCGUUUUUGGUGCAUCAAGUGCCACUUUGACCUCAAUAGCAUCUGAGUUAUCCAGUAACACUGAAGCAGCAAUAGGAUCGGUGGUUUCAAGCAGUAUUGAAUCAACUGUGAUCAAUUCUGCUGAAAAUUCCGCUGGUUUCAGCACGCCGAUCCAAUCAUCUCUACCAGCCUUUACUAGUGGAAUCUUAACCACUUAUACCUUCAGUGAUGAGGUCAUUACUCCAUCUAUUGCAAUUAGUACCACGUCAGAAGCUUCUUUAUCAGUGUCAAUUGGUGGAACCGAAACUUCUACGCCAUUCAGUGAUGAAGUCAUAACCCCCACGAUUGCUGUUAGCACUACAUCGAUUGGAUCAUCUGUAUUACCAUCAAAUACUGGAUUUGAAACUUCUUCUACUGCUUUUAGUGAUGAAGUGACCACUCCUUCAAUAGCUACUAGCACUGUACCAGUUAAAUCCAUUAUAUCGGCUUCGAGUAAUGGUAUUGAAACGUCUUCAGGCCCUUUCAGUGAGGAAGUUAGCACCUCAUCUAUUGCGCCCAUUUCGACGCUAUCUUCUGGCUCCAGUAUUGAAAUCAUAUCCACCAGUAGUUUUGGACCUAUAAGUUCAUCACUAUUACCGGAAGUGACAAGUAUGACAGACGCAACUUCAGAAUUCCCAUUAACGACUGGUACAAUAUUCCAAUCUUCAACCGAGGUGGUUGAUAUCGAGACUUCAUUGGGCUCAGGGUCCUUGCCAGCUACCACUUCAUCUCCUCCAAAUGAAUUGUCCUCAGUUUUGAGUCUGUCUACCAGUGAAUCCGGUGCCAUUACCACUUCAAAUACAGGUAUAGAAACAAGUCUUGGGCCUGGAUCCUUGACCCUUGAUUCUUCAUUUGCAUUAAGUAGUAGCAUAUCAACAAAUGAAGUCACUUCCUUGCCUACCGAGGCGAGUCAAACUUCCAAUGGCCCAGGACUUGGAUCUAGUCUUGCUACUACAUCAAAUCCGGGCAUAGAAACGGAAUCCCAACUCGGUACUUCAGCCCCUAUGACUUCAUCUUUCCCAAUUGAAGCUUCUUUAAGUGCCAGCACUUCAAUCCUUGAAACGAAUUCGGCUCCUGUGUCAACGAAUAAGAUUGAAUCCACUGGAACAACCGUUCCAAUAGUUGGAAGCCCAGGGUCCGGAACUUCAUUUGGAGCCUCAGAAACAAUUAGCAGUACUGUAGUGUCGUCAUUAGUUACGGAAGUUGGUACACUGACGAGUGGAUUCUUAAUUUUACCAACCGAGGUCUCUACUAGAUUGAGUGGCUCAAACAUUCGAACAAGUCUGCCUUCCGAGCCUAGCUCCACUGGUAGUGUCUCAAGCACUGCACUCCAAUCUACAUUGAGUGCUGAGACCUCGGGAAGUAUCGGUGGAGUAACUGAAUCUUUGAUCGAGACUACCGGUGUUUUGAGUAGUACUGGCGCAAGCACGAUUGAGUCUACGAAUCCGACUGAGACUUCUAUUGCUUCCCUAAGUUCCGGGGUUGAGAGUCAAUUGCUUACCCUAAGCAUUCCUGGUUUGUCAGCACUUCCGUCUACUUUAGUUGGAAGCUUUAGUCUCGUCGAAAGUUCCGGAAUUAUAUCAAUUCCGUCGAUUCAGUCUACUGAUUCCAUCGUUGAGACUCAAUCACAGACGGCGAUCAUUUCCAGCGAGUCCGAAGCUCCAUCAAAUUCAAUCCUAAACCCUGGAUCCACAAUAGCUUCAUCUUCCGAAAUUGAAAGUCUAUCGGCAGCACCAAGUACCUUACCUUCAGGAAUACCCUCCAGUACGAUUGGAAACUCUCUGGUUUCUUCAGUCCAGUCUGCUCAAUAUUCAUUGCCUGUAGUUGAGCCUUCUGUAGCAGCUCCCAGCAGUCUCCUUUCUUCGGAAUUAUUAUCCCAGCAGCCCCAGAUAUUCUCCAUUGCUUCGAUAGUACCAUCAUCUGCGUUCUCACAGUCUGAAGUUUCUUCGACCGUUGAAGAACUAUCGACUGUCGGUACGCUCAUUUCUCUCUCACCCACGCUUGCUGGAUCUGAGAUCUCUUCUGAGCUUGUUCUGAGUACAAGUUCAGUUGCUGUCUCAUUCGAGUCGUUUUCCAGUAGUUUUUCCCAGCCUCCAUCAUUUACAAAUGGAGAAGUUGUCACCAGCUCCUCGGCUGCUGAAGCUAGUAGCACAAUUGGUAGCGGUAUUCCAAUUGUUGGAAACAUUGGCUCGGGGACUUCCCUUCAAUUUUCAGCUUCCGAAACACCUCUAUCUGCUUUGCCAAGUUCAUUGACAUCGGAAUUUGGUCCUGUAAGUUCUGGUCUUGUGAUAGUUUCAAGCACGGUCAUUUUGACAGUUGAAUCACAGACUUCGGAACCUAUUUUGUCUUCUUCCACUUCCUUGGGAAAUACAGCGCCUUUAGAGACUUUCGUUGAAACCUCAUCUUCGAUACCCGAUCUUAUUUUUAGCUCAGAGAGUACACUUACAAAUACUGGAGGAUCACAAGCUAUAUCUUCGACACAAUCACUUGCCAUUAGCUCAGCUAUUGGCUCAGGGUCUCAAUCUAGCUCUUUACAAACAACUUUCGAUUCUGAAGUUUCGAAUAUUAGCACUGAGCAAAUUCUUCCUUCCACUGGAAGUCCUCAAGCUAUCCCAACCACGCAGCCUUUAUCCCCUGCUACCCUUUCGAGCACUGGAAUUGCAACUGAAGAUCCCUCGUCAACACAAGGUAUAUCAUCAGUGGCAACUUCAACUCAGCUGGGUGAAAUUUUGUCGACGAUUUCCAGUUCACAAACCGCGGAAAUAUCUUUAUCAACACAACAAGGCCUCUCUUCAACAGUCUUGAUUGAACCAUCUCAGCUAGCUGUAUCUUCCGACUUGGCUGGGACUGCAUCAUCCGAAAUCUUAAGUGCAAGCGCAACAAUCACAAGCCUUGAGACUACCGUGAUCCUGACAGUGAUUUCGACGUCUUCGUCUGAUUUUGGUUCCGAAUCUGGAUCAAUUACGGCAUCGUCUACUACUGAUAUACUAGGCUCGAUCGCUCUAAGUCUCUCUGCUUCGGCUUCGGCCUCUCAGAUAGAUUCGGGAUCUUCAAGUAGUUUAGCAAAUCCAGGCUUUGAAUCAACCACGAUAUCAAAUUCAGAGUCUGAUUUGCAAAGUACAGCUUCGUCCUCAAGAACCAAUGAAUCUGUACUUCCUAUAGCAUCCUCGACAGAAGGACUUCUAGGUACAUUCGUCCCAAGUGCUUCUCAGACAAGCUUUGAAGAAGUUACAUCUUCAGGCAGUAUUCUUUCAAGUGACUUACCAUCGAGGUCUUCCUCUGCUAUCGGAUCGCUCUCAAUCUCCAGUGAAUCUGGAACCAGUAUACCUCCCAUCAACAGUGUAAUAUCUGGAAGCACUAGCACCAGUACUGCCUUUGAGACCACAUUGCCAGCUUCCGAGUCUCAGAUAUCUAGCACUGAGCCACUAUCUGUGGCCUCCAGUACACAAGGUUUAACAGAUUCUAGCAGUCUACCUCUUAGUACAAGUACAAAUCCAUCGCUCUCGACCUUUGAAACAGGGAUUAGUUCUAGUACCGAGUCAGUAUCAAGCUCUGAUUUUCCUAGCAUAACGAUAUUCAUUUCAACCCCCUCGUCAUCGAACACACUAUCUGGUGCCUCUGCUAGUGUAACGUCGUCAUUUGAUUACAUUGGCUGUUCUAAAAACUCAACGGGCACCCUGGACGGUCCAACAACAUACUCAUCGAAUAUGACACCAGCUAUCUGCUCAAUAAUUUGUUCCGAAUAUGAAUACUACGCAGUUGAGAGUGGAGUUAAGUGUGUAUGUGGCGAUAACAUAGAGUCAGGUGGUAUCUUGUCAGCUGCAAAUUGCACUACCCCUUGUGGUAAAGGUAAUGGUACUUCGUCCUGUUCAUCAGCAUCCGCAUCGGCUAGCGCCUCUACACUGGUAACAGUACUAAGGCCUAGAAACAUUGCAGCCACGGGAAGGUAUCCGAAGAAGUGGUAAAGGAUAAAUGGCGAAAAUUUUGUUUAG